AUGUCGAUUGGAAAAUCGAUUAAUGUCGAUUUGUUAAAAGAACGUCAAAAUGCUAGUUUCGACAGUGAAGAACUCGCCGCCGUGAUUUGGCAGGGUGAAAAUCAAUUGCAAAUGAAACGUUUCUUUGAAAAGGAAUUGCUAUCAGAUGCUGACGAUCUUCAUAUUUAUGAAUAUUUACCUUACGAGGACUUAUACACUAAAGCAUUAAAUGAUUGUAUUAAAGCAGCAGAAAAACUGAAAAAAUUGCAGAACAAAUUGAAUCCUGAUGGCAAUGAAAUUUAUCCGGCUUUAAUGUUAGGACCGCUGUCCGAAUCUCUUAUGCCGCUCGGCAAUACAUUCACAGUGCAUAUUGUAAUGUUUACACCUGCUCUUAAGUCUCACGGUACUGAUGAAUUGUAUCAGAAGUUUGGUAAGCGUGCAGAUAACUUUGAGAUUAUUGGUACAUAUGCCCAAACUGAAUUGGGACAUGGUACCAAUUUAAAAGGACUAGAAACUAGAGCCGAUUAUAAUCGAAAAACAGAUGAAUUCAUUUUAAACACUCCAACUUUGUCUUCAUAUAAAUGGUGGCCAGGGGGUUUGGGUCAGUCCGUCAAUUAUUGUAUAGUUGUUGCUCAGCUUUAUAUUAAUAAUGAAUCUAAAGGCAUACAAAUGUUUUUAUUGCAAGUACGCGAUGAAAAGACUCAUAUGCCUUUACCAGGUAUUGAUAUUGGUGAUAUUGGUAAGAAAAUUGGUUUCAAUGGAGUUAACAACGGAUUUUUGGGUCUUAAAAAUGUUCGUAUUCCGCGCACAAAUAUGUUGAUGAAAAAUUCGAAAGUAUUAUCUGAUGGAACAUUUAUACAAAGUCCUAAAAGUCAAUUAGCUUAUUUGCCAAUGGUAUAUGUACGCUGCGUGAUUGUAUUAAAUACCAGCUAUCAUUUAGCACUCGCUGCAACUAUAGCAACUCGUUACUCAGCCGUUAGACGUCAAAGUCCAAUAAAUCCUGAUGAACCUGAACCACAAAUUUUAGACCAUGUUACUCAGCAACAUAAAUUGUUUCCGGAAAUAGCAACUGCUAUUGCUUACAAUUUAUCGGCAUCAAAACUAAAUCAAUAUUUUCAAGAUACCAGUGUUGCCAUUAAGAAAAAUGAUUUUUCUCGUCUGGAGGAAUUGCAUGCAUUGGCUUGCACAUUGAAAGCUUCAUCAUCAUAUGAUGCCACAGCUGGUAUCGAGCGUUUACGGCUUGCCUGUGGAGGACAUGGUUAUCUUACUUCGUCUAAUUUUGGAAAUAUAUAUGCCAAAAUAUCGGUUACUUGCACUUAUGAAGGAGAAAAUACU